AUGAUUCAGUUGAAGACCCUCGUCAACUGCAUCGACAACUCCGGCGCCGCUAUCGUCGAGUGCGUCAAGGUGAUGCGGAUGAAAAGACAUGCCAGAAUAGGCGACCGCAUAAUAGUCGUCGUGCAAAAGCAGCGCAACUUCGGCCCCGAGUCCGCGGGCGGCGGUGGCGCCGUCUCCAUCUCGAACAAGGUGCGGCGGGGCGACAUACGGCACGCAGUGGUUGUGCGGACGGUAAAGAAGUACCAGCGGGCGGAUGGUAGCGUCGUCAAGUUCGACGACAACGCGUGCGUGCUGGUGAAUAAGGGGGGGGAUCCCAUUGGGACGAGGUUUAAUGGUGUCGUGGGCUCCGAGCUGCGGGAUAAGAAGUGGUCGAAGAUUCUGUCGCUUGCUCCGAUGCAUGUGUAA